UUCCAUCUACCACCACUCUAAACGUCAAGAAUCUGCACCUUGAUGGCGCGCUCGGCCGGGUUGGCAGCAGCGUGGAACGCGUCGACAGCCUUUUCAAGUGCAAAGCGGUGCGACACGAGCGGCUUGACGUCGAUCAGGCCGCCCUCGAUCAGCCGCAGCGCCUUGGGGUACUGUCGUCGUCAGGUCCACUCUCUCCACAACACACAAAACCCACCUGAUGCUUGUAUCGGAACAAGAAGUUGAGCUGGAUCUCGCGCCACGAGCACCACACGAACGGGUACUGCCGUCAGCUGGGUUCGUCAUGUUGCCACCCACCUUCUGUUCAGACGCUCCUACCCCGAUCACGCAGACCUUGCCGUUCGAGUCGAGCGACUUGACGAUGGCAGUUGUGAUGCUGCUCUCGAAACCAGUGCACUCGAGCGCGAUCUUGAGCGGCGUGCGCGCCAGCUCCUGGAUCUUCUCGGCAGUCGCCCUCGGCUCGGCGCCGCGCUCGAUCAGGAACGGCCGCACCGUCGGCACGAGCUUCUUUGCAAACUCGAGCCGCCCCUCAACGAGGUCGGUGAUGAUGAUAGGGUAGCAGCCCGCCGCUCUCCUCCAAGCCGGCGACGACAUACCAGAUCAAGACAGGGUCACCAAUCUUUACGUUCACGGCGUCGAGGCCCGCCAGCGCCACGCUCAACGGCUCGACCAUGCUCCCCUCUUCGAAGCUCACGCUGUCGGGCAGCUUGUGAAUCCAGGCCGCCGGGUGCGCAAGGAAACGCGUCAACGUUCCGUGGAAAGGCGGCGACGAGUGGAACACCAUGUUCCGGCCUGUGGUUGUAACGCCCCUCGAGGCAGAAGCGACAGCUCGCGAGGCCGCACGGAAUACCAGCUUCAAUGGCGACGCGGUCACCGACCUUCCAGCCCUCGACCCCCUCACCGAGGGCGACGAUCUCCCCGGCAGACUCGUGCCCCGCUCCGCACUCGUCGUGCAGAAUGCUGUCGCCGAUCCCGCCGUGCUUCCAGAAGUGAAUGUCCGAGCUGUCAAGAUGCCGGUCGCGCGCACAUGGAGAAGCACCUCACCCGCCUUGGGCACGGGCACCUCCUUCUCGAGCAUGUGCAUCUCCCCCGUGGGGUUGUACGCGCAGAAGAUGUUGCGCUUCUUGUCGGCGAGCGCCGGAUCGCUCUCCUUCAACAGCGUCCACUUCACCUUGGAUGGGUCGAAGCGCUGCUCCAUGGUCGUGGGUCCUGCUGUCCAUGCUGACAUGUUGACUGAUGUGCUUGCUGAUCGUGCUGACUGGGAUGAGACAAAAUCUCAAGACGACGCUGCGUUCAAAUGUGCGGUCGCGCCGGUGUGGGGCGUCAUGUGCUUCGGCUUCUGGAGUGCGACGGGGCCGAGUCGGCUACGGCGAACGGUAUCACCGCUCCCGCCGUACCGACCGGUGUUGAGUUGUCCGUCUCGCGUCCAUCUGGGAAGCGAGGUGGCGAGGAGAGCGAAGUCAACCUGCAAGCUCUCGACUGGGAUUGCUCGAUACUUCCGAUUGCAAACUUACAUGCGUUGAGGGCUCGGCAAACCGCUGAGCUCAUCUGAAUGUCGUGGAUGAGAUUUCGGGAUCCUGUGACCCGACGACACGUGGCCACAACUAACCUCAGAGUACAAUGCCCUGUGCAGCUCAUCGGGAUGAUUCCUCGCAGGCCUGGGCCAUCGGGAACCUCUACUCCUACCCCCUGCUCUUAAGUAAGAGCGCCGGUGAUGGCCACCACCUCCACCGCAACCGCAAAGCUCGUUCAAUUCACAAGCUCGGAAAAGCUCAACCCGCGUCCAGGCUCCCAGGCACCGAGAUAGCAGGUCCGGCCAACCACAACCUUGUGGGGCCCGGCGGCAAGUCGGCCCGGGCCCCAUGUUACUGGCCGGGUGUGCACAUGAUGUCUGGUGCGCGCGCUUGCGUGCAGCAAGUGCUUGUUGUUGUGCACGAUGCGGCGUGGGGAGGUGAGAGGGUGGACUAGGCGACUGGAAGCAUGGCCUGGAGGGGCUGAACGAUGGCUCUGGUACCGGCGGCAGCAGCUGUGGCUCGUGGCCGACGCCCGUUCACUCAGGCCGUGUCCGUGUCUUGGUCGUGCACGCUAACACCGUCUCAGAAGCCGUGUCUGACAAGCUUCCCCCACUCACAUUGUGGUGACCACACGUGCAAGUAGAAGCCGACCCCGCACCUCCUCCCACAACGCUCUCGGCUCUGUUGUGGUUGAGCUGGAACAGCUCCACCAGCCUCAACACGCAGCUGACGUGCGCGCAAGAGCACAACCGUGACGUCGUGGAGAAUCAGCCCUGCAUGCACUAUGCGCAGUACAGCAUACCCAUGACACGGCGUUGGCCCGGCAGUGCUGGGUCUACUGCGUGGACGCAGGGCGGAGGUAAGUCCGAUGGGUGGUACGGCGUGAGCAGGUGGUCGCUGCCCGCCGUUGCCGUCCCGGGCCGGUGUUACUUGCACUACCGACCACUACCACGGCCGUGCUGUCUCUCUCAGCAACACCCACUCGAUAUCCAGAAGACUACAUAACGGACACCGCGACAAUGCUGCUCUCCAGAAUCCUGCCCGCCGUCUCUCGCCUCCCCCGCCGCUUCCCUCUCCAAAACCCCAUCCGCCCACUCACAAUGACCGGUGUUCAGAACUCCAAGGCGACCCCCGAGGUCCGCGGUCUCCAGGCCCCCACUUAUGAGGCUCCCGACCUCAAGCUCCCUUCGCACGAGGGCCCCCAGUUCGACGCCAUCAUGGUCGGCGCUGGUUUCGCCAUGUUCGGUUCGCCUGAGGGCCCCUGGAACAUGGCCCGCCGCGCUGAGGUCAAGCUUGGCCCCCGCCUCAAGGUUCACGCCGUCAUCGACCCCAACGAGCCCCGUGCCCGCGCCUGCCUCGACGAGAAGGCCAAGGUCUUUGUCCGCGACAGCUACAAGGACACCGUGAUCCUCCCCAACCUUGCCGCCUACGCCGAGAAGGUCAAGGCCGGUGCCGCCCCUGUUCCCAAGGCCGUCUUCGUUGCCUCGCCUCCCCAGUUCCGUGGUGGCCUCGAGUCGCACACCGACCUCGAGGUUCAGAUUAACAAGUUCUUCCCCGAGUCCGCCAUCUUCGUCGAGAAGCCCAUUGCUACCGGCGCGCCAUGGGACAAGAGCGUCAACCAGAGCAAGGAGGUCGGCACCAUCCUCGAGAAGCAGCACAAGGGCGUUGUCUCGGUUGGACACUGCCUCCGCUACCUCAAGUCGGCUCAGCUCCUCAAGAAGAUCCUUGAGGAGAACAACCUGACUGUCAUGGCCACCUUUGGCCGCUACAUCAUGAGCUACGAGCUUGCUGUCAAGCCCGAGUUCUGGACCCUCUCCAAGUGCCAGGGCCCCAUCAUUGAGAACGGCACCCACCUUGCCGACCUCUGCCGCUACUUCGGCGGCGACGUCGACCUCGACUCGCUCUCGGCGCACGCCAUCGAGGCCGACGAGAAGCUCGGCCAGCUCUCCAAGCUCGGCUUCGACGAGUCGGUCAUCCCUCCCUACGAGCGCAUUCCCCGCGUCACCCAGGCCUCUUGGAAGUUCACCAACGGUGCCGUCGGCUCUCUCCUCCACGGUCUCAUCCUCCACGACGGCGACUACGCCAUCGAGCUCGAGGUCUACGCCGACGGCUACCAGUUCAUCCUCCAGGACCCCUACGGCGAGGCCAAGCUCCUCGUCCGUCGCCCUGGCAGCGCCGAGUUCGAGACCAUCGACACCCCCAACGACGACCCCUACUACAACGAGAUGUCCAACUUCAUCGACGCUGUUGAGGGUGGCGACGACCCCCGCAUCCUCUCGGGCUGGGACGACGCCGCCAAGUCGUACGAGUUCACCUGGGCCAUCCGCAACGCGUCGGAGAAGUCGAGCGCCGAGCGCCGCCAGCGCCAGGGCAUCCCCGCGCCUUCGGCCUAGGCGUCGAGCUACGGACUCUUUGUUUCUGGGUUUUGAUUUUGUACGGAUGUAGUAGUGUUCAUGCAUUCUUGGAC